AAAAUGUCAACAAAAACGGUUCACUCUGCUGAAAAUGUGCUCGCUUACUGCCCAGUCUAAAUGUGCUUGCAUUUAGAGUUUCUUAAAGGAUCAGUGUGACAAAUACAAGCUGUGAACCCCUGAGACAGAACAUGAGUCUUCAUCAUCUCCACUCAGUGUCACAGACCACACCUUAGCCACUCAUCUUCUUGUCUGAGCACUUUUCUCGAACCAGGAGCACGGCGUACUGCUGCUGUUCAUUCCUCAGUGUUUCCCAGUUGGGUGGUGGAUAGCAGCUCUGGCCUAGUGCCCACGCUGUUCCUACCCCAGCGGCUGCCAGCGCUGUGUGUUGGCGUGCGAUGGCGCGGCAGGACGCUGAGGGUUGUUGGCGUGGACUGUGAUGUCAGAGCCCAGCAGCCCCGGCGAGAGCCAGCGCGGCGCUCCCAGAUUCUUCGUGGGCUGCGAGGAAGAGGAUGAGAGCGAAGGCCUGGACAGCAUGAAGACAGACAUGGAGCUGUACGAGGAUGAUGAAGAGGCCGAUUCGCCCCCGGAGAGACAGAUCGUUGUGGGGAUCUGUUGUAUGAUGAAGAAGUCCAAGUCAAAGCCCAUGACUCAGAUCCUGGAGCGUCUGUGCAAGUUUGAGUACAUCACUGUGGUCAUCUUCCCCGAGGACGUCAUUCUCAACGAGCCUGUGGACAAAUGGCCUCUGUGUGACUGCCUCAUCUCCUUCCACUCCAAAGGUUUCCCUCUGGACAAGGCUGUGAGUUAUGCUAAACUCAGAAAUCCAUUGCUCAUCAAUGACCUGGACAUGCAGUAUUACAUCCAGGACAGGAGGGAAGUAUAUCGUAUAUUGCAGGAGGAAGGAAUAGAUUUACCACGUUAUGCUGUUUUAAACAGAGAUCCAGACAAACCUGAUGAAUGUAAUUUAGUUGAAGGAGAGGAUCAUGUGGAGGUGAAUGGGGAGAUCUUCCCAAAGCCGUUUGUGGAGAAACCAGUGUGUGCUGAAGACCAUAAUGUGUAUAUUUACUAUCCCACCUCAGCAGGAGGAGGUAGCCAAAGGCUCUUCCGAAAGAUUGGAAGCAGGAGCAGCGUGUAUUCUCCAGAGAGCAGCGUAAGAAAGACUGGCUCCUAUAUAUAUGAGGAAUUUAUGCCAACAGAUGGCACAGAUGUGAAGGUGUACACUGUAGGGCCUGAUUAUGCCCAUGCCGAGGCUCGGAAAUCUCCCGCCCUGGACGGGAAGGUUGAGCGGGACAGUGAGGGGAAAGAAAUCCGCUACCCCGUCAUGCUCACGGCCAUGGAGAAACUGGUGGCACGGAAGGUGUGCCUGGCAUUUAAGCAAACAGUGUGUGGGUUUGACCUCUUGCGAGCAAAUGGACACUCAUACGUGUGUGAUGUCAAUGGCUUUAGCUUUGUGAAGAACUCCAUGAAGUACUAUGAUGACUGUGCAAAAAUUCUUGGGAACAUCGUGAUGAGGGAGCUGGCUCCCCAGUUCCAGAUUCCCUGGUCAAUCCCCACUGAGGCUGAGGACAUUCCUAUUGUCCCCACCACGUCAGGCACCAUGAUGGAGCUACGCUGUGUGAUUGCCGUGAUCCGGCAUGGAGAUCGCACGCCCAAACAGAAAAUGAAGACAGAAGUGAGGAAUCCCAUGUUUUUUGAGUUGUUUGAAAAAUAUGGUGGAUAUAAAACCGGUAAACUGAAGUUGAAGAAGCCCAAGCAGCUUCAGGAGGUGCUGGACAUUGCAAGGCAGUUGCUGGCAGAUCUGGGCCAGCACAAUGACUGUGAGAUUGAAGAAAAAAAGUCUAAACUUGAGCAGCUGAAGACGGUUCUUGAGAUGUACGGGCACUUCUCUGGAAUUAACCGAAAAGUGCAACUAACCUACCUUCCUCAUGGACAACCUAAAACAUCCAGUGAAGAGGAAGGUAAGAGAGAGAUGUGUGGCCCGUCCCUGUUGUUGGUGCUGAAGUGGGGUGGAGAGCUGACUCCAGCGGGCAGGGUACAGGCUGAGGAGCUGGGCAGAGCGUUCCGUUGCAUGUAUCCUGGAGGUCAAGGGGAUUACGCUGGGUUCCCUGGAUGCGGCCUACUACGUCUGCACAGCACCUACCGCCAUGACCUGAAGAUCUACGCCUCUGAUGAGGGCAGAGUUCAGAUGACCGCUGCUGCCUUCGCUAAGGGCCUGUUGGCACUGGAGGGUGAGCUGACGCCCAUCCUGGUACAGAUGGUGAAGAGUGCCAACAUGAAUGGGCUUCUGGAUAAUGACAUCGACUCCCUGAGUGGGUGUCAGCAUCGAGUCAAAGCCAGACUUCAUGAGAUCAUGCAGAAGGAUCAGGACUUCACAGAGGAGGAUUUUGACAGGCUGGCUCCGACCUGCAGCUCGUCGUUAGUGAACUCAAUGAAAGUUGUCGAGAACCCAGUGCAAACCUGUGACAAGGUCUAUGCCCUCAUCCAAAGCCUCACCUCUCAGAUCCGCAAGAGACUCGAAGACCCCAAAUCUGCAGACUUGCAGCUGUAUCACAGUGAGACCCUGGAGCUGAUGUUGCAGCGCUGGUCCAAACUGGAGCGGGAUUUCCGCAUGAAGAGUGGCCGUUACGACAUCAGCAAGAUCCCAGACAUCUACGACUGCGUGAAAUAUGACGUCCAGCACAACAGCUCUCUGGGCCUGGAGGACACGUUGGAGCUGUUCACGCUCUCGCGAGCUUUAGCUGACAUCAUCAUACCUCAGGAAUAUGGCAUCAGUAAAGUGGAGAAGCUGAACAUUUCGUAUGCAUACUGCCUCCCACUCAUCAAAAAAAUCCAGCUAGACCUGCAGAGGACCCACGAGGAUGAGUCUGUCAAUAAGCUUCACCCUCUGUAUUCCCGUGGAGUUUUGUCCCCAGGCCGGCAUGUACGAACACGACUGUAUUUCACCAGUGAGAGUCAUGUCCAUUCUCUGCUUAGUAUCUUCCGCUACGGAGGUCUGCUGGAUGAGGAAAAGGAUCAGCAGUGGAAGCGUGCCAUGGACUAUCUAAGUGCUGUUUCUGAGCUGAACUACAUGACUCAGAUUGUCAUCAUGCUUUAUGAGGACAACAACAAGGAUCCCUCUUCGGAGGAGCGUUUCCACGUGGAGCUGCACUUUAGCCCCGGGGUGAAAGUGUGUGAGGAGGAAAAUGCACCAAUGGGCUUUGGGUUCAGACCUGCCUCUGCAGAGAACGAACAGAAGCAGACAGAUCCUGGUAGUUUGGAGAAUCUUGUACGUGAUGAAGUGGACCGGGCAGUGCCAUUGUCAGAACCCGUCAGUACACAGAAGAGAUCUCCGCUCAUACGCAACCGCAAAACUGGUUCCAUGGAGGUCCUGUCAGAAACCUCGUCCUCUAAGGCUGCAAGCUAUCGUCUCUUCCCCUCAUGCUCUCGCCAGUCCCCGGAGAUGAAGCAGAGUGGAUUAGGCUCACAAUGUGCAGGACUCUUCAGUACUACUGUCCUUGGGGGGUCCUCUAGUGCCCCCAACCUGCAGGACUACGCACGUACACAUCGCAAAAAAUUCUCCUCUGGCAGUUUGUCCUAUAAAGACGAGUUGUUGUCAAUGCCGGCAGUAAAGCGAUUUUCUGUGUCGUUUGCAAAGCAUCCGACUAAUGGGUUUGAAGGCUGCUCUAUGGUGCCCUCCAUCUACCCUCUGGAGACACUCCAUAACUCUCUGUCACUUAAACAGGUGGAUGAGUUCUUGACCACUGUUUGUGAGAACGCUGUGGAUGCCCACAACAGGACCUCAAGAGCAAUGUUUGACAGUCACAAUCCACCAUGUAUGGACGCAUAUCUUCCUCAGAGAGUGCUGUCUUCCUCUGUUUCUUUACGCCAACGGUCUGAUCGCCCACCCUGGUAUAGCAGCGGGCCCUCUAGCACAGUAUCCAGUGCUGGCCCGUCCUCCCCAACUACAGCAGACACAUCCCCGCGCUUCAGCUUCAGCGAGAAAAUCUCCCUUACCCCUCAGAGCAGUGAGGAGGCUCACCUUGGACCUCACGCUACCAACCAGCCCACUUCGGUCACAAGCCAUCCCCUCAGCCCACCCUCGGACGCCAGUCCAACCACUGAGCCCCCACCAACCGAUGACCUGCUGUCUUCCAGUAAGGCCUUUGACUCAGAGACUCCCAGUAAUGACGAUAAACCAGUUUCCAGCACAGACUACACUGCCGCUGACACUCUGAGAGCCAGCCCUGACGGUGAUGUUGUUAAGGAGGCUCAAAGCACCGAGGAGGUUGUCUCCUCCUCUCUUUCUGACCUCCCCCUCCAUAUGGAAUCAUUCUGUGGACUGCCAGGCUCACUCCCCGUCUUGCUGGAGCUCAGAGAGAGUAGCUCCGAGGCCGGGUCCAGCGCUCAGACACCGCUCAGCCCGGAAGAACCGGACGAAUUCUUCGACACGCAGGAGACGGUGGAGCUGUGGAGGAACAAUUCUGGAACUCCUGUGGAAGUGGGAGCUCCACAUGUAUCUGAGCCCUGAGAACCCUAAAGAGGGAACAGAGACGAAACACACACGUGUGCACACGCAGCUCUCCUUCUCUUAUCUGUCCUGUGUAGUUUCUGUAGUGCUAUACAGCGUCUUGCCUACAGUGUGCUGUGGUCCGCAUACUGGGAUUAGAUGAAGAGGCCCAGUGACGGUGCACUGGGGGUUAGUGUGGAGCCUUAGUGCAAUACUCAUCACAAUGAGAGGCUUAGCACAAUACUCACACGGUGAGAAGCUCUGGUUAUCUGGUAACAGAAUUAGUGUUUUCGCUUGUGCUUUUGUUUUGUUUGAUCAAAAAUGCUUUCAUUUAGCAUGUUGGACCUAUGGCUCUAAACUGUUGUGUAUCUUUAUUUGUUACCGCUGACGGUGAUCGAAGUUUGGCCAGUGAGGAUGUGAAAAGUAUUAAACAUAUUGUAGCAUCAUUGUUGAUCACGGGCAGGAUUUGAUUCAGUGUUUUGUUUUAUUUUUUUCUUUCUAUUAAAUCGGUUACUUUUGUACUUUGAGGGGGUUUUUUUUCCUGAAAGGAAUGAACUCAAUGCCUUUCCCAGUGAGAAGCAUGAGUACGUAUGGAGUGGUGUGUGUAGGGGCAUAGCUAAUGAAAUGCAACAUUGCCUCUCUACACUGAACUCUGAGCUCUAGAAGAGCUCUUGAAGGACCCAGCCACUAGGCUGUCUGAUUACAGCAUGACAUGAGACAGCAUAUGUCGUGAUGAAAAAUGGUCAGGAGAAGAAGGAAAAAAAAAAAAGCUAGUGUGUUUGCUUUUGCCAAAGCAUCCUCUGCCACUGUAAUGUAUCCUUAAUGAAAUCAUACUGAAUAAAUGUCUGUUUAUGAAUAUAUUUAACAGAUAUAGAGUGUACUUUCAGACA